AUGGAUUAUCCGCCUACUGAAUCCAAUGAUUAUCAUCAAUCGUCACAGCCAAUUGAUGGUAGUUCAACAACUGAUAAGAGCACCAUCAACAGUAACAACAAGACGCCACCAACUAAUCCCGGCAAUAUAGCGCGAAACACUUCGACUUUUAAAGCAAUAAUGCACCCACAUACUAUUUCCAGUACCGCAAGCCACCAACAUCAACAAGAACAAGAAUUGUUAUCGGAUUAUACUGUACCAAAUCCACCUGUUUCAACUCAACAGUCAAAUGCUCAUUUGCGAACGUCAUCGAAUACAAAUACAAAUACCAGCUCUACUACUACUGCCACCACAACAAAUACAACGACUUCUCCUUCCUCCUCAUCUGAUCCCUCACUGCAACAGCAACAACAACAACAGCAGCAGCAGCAGCAGCAGCAGCAAGAAGAAGAGUUUGGGUCAGGUUCGGAUCAACCACGUACGUUAUGGAUGGGUGAUUUGGAUGCAUGGUUGGAUGAAGACCAAAUCACUCAGCUCUGGUGGAGCAUAUUACAGAAAAAAGUAUCCGUUAAAAUCAUCAAACCAAAGACGAUCAAGUUGGAUUUAAUUCAUGACUAUCACAACCAAGGGAUGACGAAUUCCGGUUACUGCUUUGUUGAGUUUGAGACUUUUGAAGAUGCCCAGCAUGCCUUGAGUUUGAAUGGCCAGUUGUUGCCGGAUAUUGCUAUGCCGCUGCAACAGCAUUUACCAGAUAACCCCAACAAUCAAAAGAAAUAUUUCAGAUUGAAUUGGGCAUCGGGCGCCACAUUGAGUGCUCCCAUUAUCCAAAUGCCCGAAUUUUCAUUAUUUGUUGGUGAUUUAUCGGCCUCAACAACAGAAGCCCAUUUAUUGGCGUUUUUCCAAAAGAGAUUCCCCGACUCGAUAAAGACGGUGCGAGUUAUGACUGAUCCGAUAUCAGGUAAAUCGAGAUGCUUUGGCUUUGUUCGUUUUACAAAUGAACAAGAAAGACAAAGAGCAUUGGAUGAAAUGAAUGGGGUCUGGUUCGCAGGAAGACCGUUGAGAGUUGCAUUAGCAACUCCAAGAAACACCAAUAGUUUCAAUAGAAGAUUCAGCAAUCCAAAUGCCAACAACAAUCAAGUUAUAGGGGUAGGAGGGCCAUUUACAGCAGCAGCAGCAGCAGCAGCGGGAGGAGUCGGAGGACCACAACCACCACAAUCAUCACAGCCACCGCAACCACCAUUACCACCACAUAUUUACAACCAACGACCUUCGGCAACAGACCUUUACAGAAGAGAUCUGGGUAGCCAUCUAGGUCCCGAUAUGAUGUUCAUUCCACCUGUCGGACCACCUCCCAAUGCCAUUGGAGGAAGCCCUCUAUUUGGCUACUUCCACCAUCAACCUAGUUUGGGACGAUCACCAAGUUUUGUAUAUCAACAGCCAGAUACAAAAUCUAGUUAUUUGGGAUUGGAGUCGCCGGAGUUUAACCUGCAAUCGUCAUUUCAAACCCCUUCGCUACCUCUUCUGCAAGUGCCAGGAGGACCACCACCACCAGGGGCGCCAGGGGGACCGCCAGGGGGACCGCCGGGAGGACCGCCGGGAGGACCACCAGGAGGACCACCAGGAGGACCACCACCCCAAACUGUAUUCCCACUCCAUCUUCGAUCUCACCAGCCUCAACAAAUUCAACAACUGCCGCAGUAUUCGGACCCGAACAACACCACAGUAUUUGUUGGAGGACUUUCUUCUGAAGUCACCGAGGCUACGUUAUUUACAUUGUUUAAACUGUUUGGUAAUAUCCAGCAAAUUAAAAUCCCGCCCGGUAAAAACUGUGGAUUCAUCAAGUAUUCGACUAGAGAAGAAGCCGAAGAGACAAUUGCCGCAAUGCAAGGUUUCAUAAUUGGUGGCAACAGGGUGAGACUAAGCUGGGGAAGAGUUUCAGCAAAUAACAAAAAAUUCCAUCAGCAGCAGCAUCAAGUAGCUCAAGCAGCGCAGUUGCAAGUGGCAGCUGCAUUGUCCAUGGGGAUGGAUCCAUCAAGCGCCAUAGCUGCCGCUGCCGCUGCUGCUGCAGGUGGAUAUCCUGGCAUUCCGAGUCAAGAACAUUUACAUCACCCGCGCCAUAGACUUCCCUCUCAACUGCUGCUACAUAGUACCGGAGGAGGGCCACUUCCUCCCACAAUGACAGUUGCAGGUGGUCCAGGUCCACAAAUGCAUCCUCAUCCUCAUCCUCAUCCUCCCCACCAUCCUCAUCAUCAUCCUUCACUAGGAAUUCCAUUACAUGGACAGCAAUACCCUCAGUAUCAGGACUAUUUACAUCUGUUGCCUCCACCGCAAUCAUCGGAUGAAAUCGAGUCGCCAGAUACAACUACAACUACAGAUCCAAUUAGAACGUCGAUUGAAAAUGAAGGUUCAUAUGAUACUACGCCGAUUAAACCAAACAAUUAUGGCAACUCAUCCAACCGAUUUACUAAUUCCAAUGGUGACUCUUUAGGAUACGGUAAUGACACUGCUAGUAGUCAGCUUCAAGAGAAUUUGAUUAAUUCCUUGGGCCAGAUGAACUUGAAAGAUGAUGAGAAUAAUGGCGCUGGCGCUAAUGAGCUUGAAUAA